CUGCCCCAUGGGCACCCUGCCCUGCCAUGGUGUGGCCACCACGCUGUGACACAGCCACCCAGCCCUGUCAUGGUCACCCUGCCACCUGGAUCCUGGCACAGCCACUCCAGGGAUGUUUGUGCCAACCAAGGGCUGGCGAGGGACGGGGAUGAGGCUGCUCCCGUGCAUAGCCUGAGCCAGGGAGUGAGGACAAGGCACCUCUGCCAGGACAGGAACCAUCCGUCUGGGCAGGUUUUGAGGGUCAUGGCUGUGAACUGACCUCCAAACACUCCUGGAUGGAGCAAGGGAAGAGCCAAGAGAAGGCCAUGUCCUUACUGCACCAGGGUGGGCAGUGGAUGCCACAGGGAUGCCGCAGAGUCCCUGGGUAGGGGGACGGCAUCUCCGCAGCCUGACGGUCUCUGUGGUGCCACCAGGUCUCCCACCACUGCAGCCAUGGCAAACAAAGGCCCAGCCUAUGGCAUGAGCAGGGACGUGCAGUCCAAGAUCGAGAAGAAGUAUGACGAUGAGCUGGAGGACCGGCUGGUGGAGUGGAUCGUGGCACAGUGCGGGUCCACCGUGGGUCGCCCCGAGCGGGGCCGCCUGGGCUUCCAGGUCUGGCUGAAGAACGGCAUCGUGCUCAGCAGGCUGGUGAACAGCCUCUACCCCGACGGCUCCAAGCCCGUCAAGAUCCCCGACGCGCCGCCCACCAUGGUCUUCAAGCAGAUGGAGCAGAUUGCCCAGUUCCUGAAGGCGGCCGAGGACUACGGUGUGACCAAGACAGACAUGUUCCAGACCGUCGACCUCUUUGAAGCCAAGGACAUGGCGGCGGUGCAGAGGACGCUGAUGGCCCUGGGGAGCCUGGCGGUCACCAAGAACGACGGCAACUACCACGGGGACCCCAACUGGUUCAUGAAGAAGGCGCAGGAGCACAAGCGGGAGUUCACCGAGAGCCAGCUGAAGGAGGGCAAGAACAUCAUCGGGCUACAGAUGGGGACCAACAAGGGGGCGUCACAGGCGGGGAUGAGCUACGGCCGGCCCCGGCAGAUCAUCAGCUAGGCACCCCCCUGCCGCCCCCAGCCCUCCCCAGCCGGGACCUCCGUCUCCGCUUCCCCCCGGCCCAGCGCCGCAGCCGCCCGAGCGUCAGCGGCCGCCACCAGCCCCGCACCGAUUGGUAUUUAUUGAGGAGCAAACGCCCCCAAACGCCAGCCAACAACGCCCCAGCGCCAGCGGCCGCACGCGCCCCGCAGAGCCCCCCGCCCCGGGGCCGCAGCCCCGCGCCCAGCCCCGGGCAGCCUCUGCCCCCGGCCUCGCACCCCCGCCAGCCGGUCCUGCCCCCGCCGGCACCCACGGGUGUCCCACGGGUGGGAUGGGCACGUGCCCCGGCCCACGGGGCGGCCCCCCCUGCCCGCAGCCCCCCCCACGAGCCCCGCGCCACUGCCGCAGAGAUCCCUGCGAACGGGGAGACAAAGAGAACUGGGCCUCGGUUUUGUACUUGGUUUUUGUCGAAAUUAAAAGGUUAUAUUCAUCUA